CGGCUCGCGUUCUCACCCGUCCCGCGCGUGCGCGCCUGGUUGUCCGUGCCGGUUGGGCCAGACCUGGUAUUUGGAGGCCCCGGGAACUGUGGAUCAAACUUUAUUUUAGCAGCAACUGGCGGCCCCCAAAUGAAGUUCCUCGAAUUCAGUUGUUAAGGUUGAAAAGCAAAGACUUAUUUGGAAGGACUCGAGGAGCGCGGGCGCUUUCGGGAUGGCGAUGCUGUCGGAGCCUCGUAGAAAGCAGAAGUUGUCUUUGGAUCCAAGGAACAACAACUGGAAGAAUGAUGAAUCCAGAUUUGGGUUGAAGCUGAUGGAAAAAAUGGGAUGGUCUAAAGGAAAGGGACUUGGAGCUAAUGAACAGGGGGCAACUGAAAACAUUAAAGUCAAACCCAAGAACAACACAGUGGGUCUAGGCGCAACCAAGAAUCAUGAAGACAACUGGAUUGCACACCAAGAUGAGUUUAAUCAGCUCUUAUCUAAACUGAAUGACUGCCAUGGACAGAAUGACUCGACAGCAACUGGGGAUAAGGCAUUAUUCAGCCUUGAAGAGAAAUCAAAGUCUUCCAAGAAACGAGUCCACUAUCAUAAAUACACCAAAGGAAAGGACCUCUCUUCUCGAAGUGCAACUGAUCUUGCCUGUGUGUUUGGAAAACGCAUCAAACAAAUUAAAGUAUCCAAUGAUGAUGAAAAAGAUAUAGAGGACAAUGCCAACUUACCUACUCUUGAGAACCCAAAAGCCUUAGAGCCGAACGUUGAAAUUAAUACUGUGACCAGUCCCCUUACAAUGCAGGAAUAUUUCGCCAGUAGGAUGGCGCAGCGCACAAAUCGUAAAGCCGUGCAAGAGAUUCAGCAAGCCACUGCUGCCCAGGAACCUGUAGGAAAUGAAAUGCAGUCCUCUGAAGUGGGAAUUAAAUCCAAAAAAAAAAAGCGGAACAGAAUCAUUGAGAAGAGUUGUGACUUUAUUGAACCACCCAUAUUCAGAAAACGAGUAAAAAAUGAAGAAGACAAAAAUAAUGUAUUGGCAGAAGACAAUCAAAUUAAGGAAAAUUAUCAGUGUAAAAAGUCAAGAAGGAAAGCAAAAUGAAACAUCCAAUAUCCGCCACAUGUAUUGCAGCUGAAUUGUAGGAGGUUCAGGUUGUUCAGCACACAUCAGUAUAUACAUUAGGGAAACAAAAUGAGCAGAAAUUGCAAAUGGACGAUGAUUAAUGAAUUGAUGAGUGAAUGAUAGGUUUCACGAACCCUGCGAUUAGAAAUAACCAAAAUUUGAAAUUUGCAGGAACGCAUUUUCCAGUAAAAGGCACCUGUGUUUAUUUAUAAUUGCAAAGAAAAUUAAUAAAUGCUGAGAAACCAUUUAAGUUUUGUCAUGUUAAUAAACAUGCUUCUAUGCUCUCAUUUGUGCAACAACAA